GGUGGCGCGGCCCCGGGACCGUAUCCCUCCGCCGCCCCUCCCCCGCCCGGCCCCGGCCCCCCUCCCUCCCGGCAGAGCUCGCCUCCCUCCGCCUCAGACUGUUUUGGUAGCAACGGCAACGGCGGCGGCGCGUUUCGGCCCGGCUCCCGGCGGCUCCUUGGUCUCGGCGGGCCUCCCCGCCCCUUCGUCGUCCUCCUUCUCCCCCUCGCCAGCCCGGGCGCCCCUCCGGCCGUGCCAACCCGCGCCUCCCCGCUCAGCGCCCGCGCGUCCCCGCCGCGCUCCGGCGUCUCCUUGGCGCGCCCGGCUCCCGGCUGUCCCCGCCCGGCGUGCGAGCCGGUGUAUGGGCCCCUCACCAUGUCGCUGAAGCCCCAGCAGCAGCAGCAGCAGCAGCAGCAGCAGCAGCAGCAGCAGCAGCAGCAACAGCAGCAGCAGCAGCAGCCGCCGCCGCCGCCGCCGCCCGCGGCUGCCAAUGUCCGCAAGCCCGGCGGCAGCGGCCUUCUAGCGUCGCCCGCCGCCGCGCCUUCGCCGUCCUCGUCCUCGGUCUCCUCGUCCUCGGCCACGGCUCCCUCCUCAGUGGUCGCGGCGACCUCCGGCGGCGGGAGGCCCGGCCUGGGCAGAGGUCGAAACAGUAACAAAGGACUGCCUCAGUCUACGAUUUCUUUUGACGGAAUCUAUGCAAAUAUGAGGAUGGUUCAUAUACUUACGUCAGUUGUUGGCUCCAAAUGUGAAGUACAAGUGAAAAAUGGAGGUAUAUAUGAAGGAGUUUUUAAAACUUACAGUCCGAAGUGUGAUUUGGUACUUGAUGCCGCACAUGAGAAAAGUACAGAAUCCAGUUCGGGGCCGAAACGUGAAGAAAUAAUGGAGAGUAUUUUGUUCAAAUGUUCAGACUUUGUUGUGGUACAGUUUAAAGAUAUGGACUCCAGUUAUGCAAAAAGAGAUGCUUUUACUGACUCUGCUAUUAGUGCUAAAGUGAAUGGCGAACACAAAGAGAAGGACCUGGAGCCCUGGGAUGCAGGUGAACUCACAGCCAAUGAGGAACUUGAGGCUUUGGAAAAUGACGUAUCUAAUGGAUGGGAUCCCAAUGAUAUGUUUCGAUAUAAUGAAGAAAAUUAUGGUGUAGUGUCUACGUAUGAUAGCAGUUUAUCUUCGUAUACAGUGCCCUUAGAAAGAGAUAACUCAGAAGAAUUUUUAAAACGGGAAGCAAGGGCAAACCAGUUAGCAGAAGAAAUUGAGUCAAGUGCCCAGUACAAAGCUCGAGUGGCCCUGGAAAAUGAUGAUAGGAGUGAGGAAGAAAAAUACACAGCAGUUCAGAGAAAUUCCAGUGAACGUGAGGGGCACAGCAUAAACACUAGGGAAAAUAAAUAUAUUCCUCCUGGACAAAGAAAUAGAGAAGUCAUAUCCUGGGGAAGUGGGAGACAGAAUUCACCGCGUAUGGGCCAGCCUGGAUCGGGCUCCAUGCCAUCAAGAUCCACUUCUCACACUUCAGAUUUCAACCCGAAUUCUGGUUCAGACCAAAGAGUAGUUAAUGGAGGUGUUCCCUGGCCAUCGCCUUGCCCAUCUCCUUCCUCUCGCCCACCUUCUCGCUACCAGUCAGGUCCCAACUCUCUUCCACCUCGGGCAGCCACCCCUACACGGCCGCCCUCCAGGCCCCCCUCGCGGCCAUCCAGACCCCCGUCUCACCCCUCUGCUCAUGGUUCUCCAGCUCCUGUCUCUACUAUGCCUAAACGCAUGUCUUCAGAAGGGCCUCCAAGGAUGUCCCCAAAGGCCCAGCGACAUCCUCGAAAUCACAGAGUUUCUUCUGGGAGGGGUUCCAUAUCCAGUGGCCUAGAAUUUGUAUCCCACAACCCACCCAGUGAAGCAGCUACUCCUCCAGUAGCAAGGACCAGUCCCUCGGGGGGAACGUGGUCAUCAGUGGUCAGUGGGGUUCCAAGAUUAUCCCCUAAAACUCAUAGACCCAGGUCUCCCAGACAGAACAGUAUUGGAAAUACCCCCAGUGGGCCAGUUCUUGCUUCUCCCCAAGCUGGUAUUAUUCCAACUGAAGCUGUUGCCAUGCCUAUUCCAGCUGCGUCUCCUACGCCUGCUAGUCCUGCAUCGAACAGAGCUGUUACCCCUUCUAGUGAGGCUAAAGAUUCCAGGCUUCAAGAUCAGAGGCAGAACUCUCCUGCAGGGAAUAAAGAAAAUAUUAAACCCAAUGAAACAUCACCUAGCUUCUCAAAAGCUGAAAACAAAGGUAUAUCACCAAUUGUUUCUGAACAUAGAAAACAGAUUGAUGAUUUAAAGAAAUUUAAGAAUGAUUUUAGGUUACAGCCAAGUUCUACUUCUGAAUCUAUGGAUCAACUACUAAACAAAAAUAGAGAAGGAGAAAAAUCAAGAGAUUUGAUCAAAGACAAAAUUGAACCAAGUGCUAAGGAUUCUUUCAUUGAAAAUAGCAGCAGCAACUGUACCAGUGGCAGCAGCAAGCCAAAUAGCCCCAGCAUUUCCCCUUCAAUACUUAGUAACACGGAGCACAAGAGGGGACCUGAGGUCACUUCCCAAGGGGUUCAGACUUCCAGCCCAGCAUGUAAACAAGAGAAAGAUGAUAAGGAGGAGAAGAAAGACGCAGCUGAGCAAGUUAGGAAAUCAACAUUGAAUCCCAAUGCAAAGGAGUUCAACCCACGUUCCUUCUCUCAGCCAAAGCCUUCUACUACCCCAACUUCACCUCGGCCUCAAGCACAACCUAGCCCAUCUAUGGUGGGUCAUCAACAGCCAACUCCAGUUUAUACUCAGCCUGUUUGUUUUGCACCAAAUAUGAUGUAUCCAGUCCCAGUGAGCCCAGGCGUGCAACCUUUAUACCCAAUACCUAUGACGCCCAUGCCAGUGAAUCAAGCCAAGACAUAUAGAGCAGGUAAAGUUAAAUACCUAGAAUUGGAAUUGCUGAGGUAUGUACCAAAUAUGCCCCAACAGCGGCAAGACCAGCAUCAUCAGAGUGCCAUGAUGCACCCAGCGUCAGCAGCGGGCCCACCGAUUGCAGCCACUCCACCAGCUUACUCCACGCAAUAUGUUGCCUACAGUCCUCAGCAGUUCCCAAAUCAGCCCCUUGUUCAGCAUGUGCCACAUUAUCAGUCUCAGCAUCCUCAUGUCUAUAGUCCUGUAAUACAGGGUAAUGCUAGAAUGAUGGCACCACCAACACAUGCCCAGCCUGGUUUAGUAUCUUCUUCAGCAACUCAGUACGGGGCUCAUGAGCAGACGCAUGCGAUGUAUGCAUGUCCCAAAUUACCAUACAACAAGGAGACAAGCCCUUCUUUCUACUUUGCCAUUUCCACGGGCUCCCUUGCUCAGCAGUAUGCGCACCCUAACGCUACCCUGCACCCACAUACUCCACACCCUCAGCCUUCAGCUACCCCCACUGGACAGCAGCAAAGCCAACAUGGUGGAAGUCAUCCUGCACCCAGUCCUGUUCAGCACCAUCAGCACCAGGCCGCCCAGGCUCUCCAUCUGGCCAGUCCACAGCAGCAGUCAGCCAUUUACCAUGCGGGGCUUGCGCCAACUCCACCCUCCAUGACACCUGCCUCCAACACGCAGUCGCCACAGAAUAGUUUCCCAGCAGCACAACAGACCGUCUUUACGAUCCAUCCUUCUCACGUUCAGCCGGCGUAUACCAACCCACCCCACAUGGCCCACGUACCUCAGUGCGCCAGUGAGGCUCUGGCAAGGUGUGGGCUAGAGAUGCGACUCAGUUGGAUCUAUCUCUCAGAAGGCUGCCUUGCUCAUGUACAGUCAGGAAUGGUUCCUUCUCAUCCAACUGCCCAUGCGCCAAUGAUGCUAAUGACGACACAGCCACCCGGCGGUCCCCAGGCCGCCCUCGCUCAAAGUGCACUACAGCCCAUUCCAGUCUCGACAACAGCGCAUUUCCCCUAUAUGACGCACCCUUCAGUACAAGCCCACCACCAACAGCAGUUGUAAGGCUGCCCUGGAGGAACCGAAAGGCCAAAUUCCCUCCUCCCUUCUACUGCUUCUACCAACUGGAAGCACAGAAAACUAGAAUUUCAUUUAUUUUGUUUUUAAAAUAUAUAUGUUGAUUUCUUGUAACAUCCAAUAGGAAUGCUAACAGUUCACUUGCAGUGGAAGAUACUUGGACCGAGUAGAGGCAUUUAGGAACUUGGGGGCUAUUCCAUAAUUCCAUACGCUGUUUCAGAGUCCCGCAGGUACCCCAGCUCUGCUUGCCGAAACUGGAAGUUAUUUAUUUUUUAAUAACCCUUGAAAGUCAUGAACACAUCAGCUAGCAAAAGAAGUAACAAGAGUGAUUCUUGCUGCUAUUACUGCUAAAAAAAAAAAAAAAAAUCAAGACUUGGAACGCCCUUUUACUAAACUUGACAAAGGUUCAGUAAAUUCUUACCGUCAAACUGACGGAUUAUUAUUUAUAAAUCAAGUUUGAUGAGGUGAUCACUGUCUACAGUGGUUCAACUUUUAAGUUAAGGGAAAAACUUUUACUUUGUAGAUAAUAUAAAAUAAAAACUUAAAAAAAAUUUAAAAAAUAAAAAAAGUUUUAAAAACUGA